AUAUGGUUGACUUUAUAAACACUAAUUAUUUCAUAAUUUUGUUUUUUUUUUGUAUAAUAUUUUCGACAUUUCUAUUUUUAAAUAUUUUUAUAUAAUAAAGUUUAAAGUUCAAUUAAUUAAAACUUGUUUCAUUAAAAAGCCCAUACAUUCAAUAACAUAUGUAGAAAUUUUCAAGUUGUUAUCACUUAAGACAAAAGAGAUACACAUUUUUGAGACAGUGAACCCGUUUCGGUCCCACUGUGCCUCGGUUAAAACAAGAUCCAAGCAAAUUUUUUAAUUAUUUAAGAAUGUCUAGAGAAUGUUUCUACGAAUUAUUUGAAUUAGUUAAAAGUAAAAUUCAGAGGCAAGAAACUAUUUUCAAAAAUACUAUAUCAGCUGAAGAAAGACUUGUGAUAACAUUGAGGUACUUAUCCGCUGGUUGCAGUAUGACUGAAUUGCAUCAUUCUUAUCAACAUGGAAUCUCAACUAUUUCUGGAAUUGUGAAAGAUACGUGUAAACAGAUUUACAAAACUCUACGAGAAAUUUAUUUGCCUGAACUGAAGAAAGAAGAUUGGUUAAGAAUCGCAGAAGGUUUUGCAACUAAAGCAAACUUCCCUAAUUGUUUGGGAGCUGUAGAUGGUAAACAUGUAAGAAUAAUCAAGCCCCCUAAAAGCGGUUCGCUUUAUUACAACUAUAAAAAGUUUUUCUCUAUUGUAUUAUUGGCCAUUUGUGAUUCUAAUUACAAAUUCAUUUUCAUCGAUGUUGGAUCAUAUGGCAAAGCAUCAGAUUCACAAAUUUUUAGAAACAGUGUUUUUUUCAAGAAACUUGAAGACAACAGUCUAAACAUACCAAGUUCUAGGGCAAUAACAGAAAAUGGUUCACCACUACCGUUUGUUUUUGUCGGUGAUGAAGCAUUCGGCAUCAGUAAUUUCAUACAACGCCCCUAUAGUGGCAAUUAUUUGAAUUUACAACAAAAAAUUUAUAACUACCGCUUGUCACGUGCUCGAAGAUACAUAGAGUGUACAUUCGGAAUUAUGACUAAUAAAUGGCGAAUAUUACAUCGACCAAUAAAUGUAGAUAUAUCGUUUGCGACAGACAUUGUUAAAGCUAUCUGUGUUUUACAUAAUUUCUUACAACGUGACUGUGAUCUAUUUAUUCACGACAGACAGAUCGAUGAGGUGGUUCGAAAUGAACAAAAUUUGCCAGCAACAACAGUUCCCGAUAAAUUUGCAGAAUAUUUUGUUAACGAAGGACAAUUAUCAUGGCAAAAUAACAAAAUCUGAUUUAAAUAAAUAGUUACCUGCUGAGUUUUUUUCA